AUGGAAAAUCCUGGCAGGCGCGAGGCGCGCCAUCUGAUCGAGACGAUCCGAAGAGAGCUCACUUUGGAUGAGUCCAUGAUCGGGACCCGGUUUGAGUCACUGAUAUCCAACUGUCUUGAGAUCUUGUCGAGUCAGCUGUAUGCCGAGUCGACACACUUUCUGCUGGAGCUCGUCCAAAAUGCCGACGACAAUGUCUACGAGUGUGAGCGGCCAACCCUGAGUUUCUCGUACAAACCUGGGAGUCUCCGCAUCGAUUGCAACGAGGUCGGUUUUACCGCAGCAAAUGUUGAAGCGAUUUGUGCCGUCAAUCACAGCACCAAAUCCACCAAGACCCGCCAUGGCGAGCAUAUCGGAGAGAAAGGUAUCGGCUUCAAGUCUGUCUUCAAGGCUGCAGAUGUGGUGUGGAUAUCCUCGCGGGAUUUCAGCUUCAAGUUCGACAAGGCCAAAUCACCCCUGGGCAUGGUCACUCCUGUGUGGGCUGAUUUUCCCGAGCCGACUCGGACGGGAUACACAUCGAUGUACCUCCGACUGUCCAAAGACUACGACGAAGAGAAACUCGUUCGGGACCUUCUGACAUUCGACUGUAACCUUCUCAUUUUUCUGAGACGCAUUGAAGAGAUCAACAUCUGCGUUGCUCGACCGGACCAGCAGGCAUGGGAAAAGACGAUCCGGAAAUCCAACGACAUCCAAGCAGAUAGCCGCAUAGUCGAGUUGCAGGAUGGAAGAGAUAUCUUGCGGUACCUGAUCAGGACGCACAGCGUCACGAACCUUCCCAAGGAGAAAAAGCGGCCGGACUGGUCUGAAACCAGCAUUCUCUUGGGUUUCCCGGCGAUAAAUGGCAUCCAGAAGCCCCAGGCACAGCUUCAGAAUGUGUAUGCCUUCCUCCCAAUCAGGAAUUACGGAUUGAAGUUUCUCGUUCAAGCCGACUUCCUUCUUACUGCGAGUCGGGAAGAUAUUGAAGGGUCUCUGCCAUGGAACAUCAGGCUUCGCGAGGCAGUAGCCGAGGCAUUUCUGCAAACUGUCAAAUAUUUCAACAGCGGAGAGGCGAGGUAUAUCUGGCCGUACUAUCUCCCCUCCGAUUCCACCGCUGCGUGUACCUUCUUCCGGCCGGCCGUGGAGACAAUAUUAUCCAGUCUUCGAGAAGAAGCUGUCCUGGAAUCCUGCGCAGGGCACCUUGUGAGUCCCUGUUCUCUGAAGAGCAUACCGUUAGAUCAGUUUGCGAGCCGAGACGGCGUCCCCUUCACUCUCGGGACUCAAACGGAAGCUCGCUAUUUGUCGUCCAAGUACCCACCUUGGGCUGUUGAAGCAACAUGGGCCAUUGGGGUUUCCCAGCUGUCCCCGCGAGAAUUUCUCGGAGACCUUACUUCGCUCAUAGCAGAGGACGCGGACGCUUUUCACUCCCGGCCAGCUGACUGGCAUUCCCAACUCGCCGCAGCGCUUGUCAGGAUGACGGCAGACGCUGAUCUCAUGCCUCUCAUCAUGGACAUGCCCAUUAUCCCGCUGCAGGAUGGUAGCUGGACUCCGGCUAGAGGCCAUACGAUCUUCUUUUCCAAAGCUGGAAGUAACUUGGAGAUGCCCAGUGGCAUCGAGGUGCUCAUUGUAGAGCCGACGGCGGAAUCCGACCCCAACCGUCGCAAUCUGUUCGCAAGUCUGGGUGUCAAGGCUUGGGAAGCAAGCGAAAUCUGCCAGUUGGUACUGCAGGUCCACUCCUCUCCGAGCUUCAAGCCUGAGAACUUGACGACGAGUCAACUUGUCUCCCAUGCCAGGUUUCUCUGGAAAGCCUCGUGGCAGCCGCCCAAGAAUGCAACUCUAUGGUUCGCCACCACGCAGGAGAAGCGGUGUCUAGGGAGUGCCCUGUACAUCUUCGGUCACGCUGAACCAGGCUCCUCGGCAGCUAGGAUUUUCGCGCGUCUGCAGAACAAGUUCGCUGUGAUUCACAGCAGCUACCUCAAUCAUGCCUCUGCGGACGAAGAUUGGCCUGAUUGGCUUGUCCGCCACCUCGGCCUGUCAAGGAUCCCACGUCUGAUCCAUCCACAGGUAGAUCCCAAACCGCAGCCGGUAGGAAUCAUGGAUGCGCAAGGGAACGGACAAUCGAAUGAUGGGGCCAGAAACGCUCCUGCCAAAACUCUCAAUGUUGCAGAGUACCAAAUGCAAUUAAUGCUCCUGGAGCAGCAAAACAAAAACAGACUCACGGGAAGACUCGGUUCGAACGACUCGGAGGCCAUAGGAGAAAGAUCAGACAGACAGUUGCCGGACUCCACAAGGUCUUCACUCGAUGCUAUCGCGCCGCUCUAUUCCGGAAAUAACCAGCAACUGCAAUUGAGUGCCCCAAAGCGAAUUAAAAAAAGAAAGAAAGUUCCACCUCCACUGCCUGAUUUUGCUCCCUUCGAUGAAGAUCCGAUGAAGACUGAUCAUGUCCUCGACGAUUUCGAUUUCGACUCGUUUCUCGGGGGAGGUGAGGCCGAGGAGGGGAAAGAGAAGUCAAAGAAACCUGUCGAUCUUGAAGUUCCACUUGGAUUUGCUCCCUUCGAUGAAAAUCCGAUGAAGACUGAUCAUGUGCUCGACGAUUUCGAUUUUGACUCUUUUCUCAGGGAUAGUGAGGCCGAGGAGGGGAAAGAGAAGUCCAAGAAAUCUGUCGAUCUUGAACGACAAUGUGGCGUGCUUCUGCUAAAUGGCCAGCCCUGUGCUAGAAGUCUAACGUGCAAAUCGCAUAGCACGAGCGCCAAACGAGCCGUCUUAGGACGCUCCACGAACUUCGAUACCCUGCUGGCCGCAUUAUCUGGAGAGAACCAGCGGCUCAAACAGAAGCCCACAACCGAUGAGGGUGCCCUGGUGAAAGACAAGAACAGUAUCUUCACGGGCGUGGCCGACAGCGACUGGAAAACAACCGAGACAAUAGGUGGCUGGGCCAAGCAGGAUACGGAUCCAGUGACCCUUCAGGAGCCUACAGAAUCUCAGUCUGAGUCUGUCGAGGGUACCAAAUUAUUUGAACUUUCGGACGAAUUCCGCUUCAUGCUCCUCGAGUGCAGGACGUCUGACGUACUGCAUCUUCUUCGGGACAACUGGCCGUACUAUUCCCAGUGGAUAGACGGAGUUCAUAUGAAGUGGCAGAGCCCGGACUUUCUCAAGUCUUGCGCCGAGCUACGGAUCAAUCUCCGACAGUCCGUAGUGCAGAGCGCCAGAGGCCCGGUCGAGCUCCAGUAUACCGUCUUGCCCAAGAUUGACAAUGAGCUCGAGGAUGAGUUCCCAAUUCCCGCCGUCCCCGUUGAGGACGCCUCGCAUCCGGACUGGAGGCUCUUGAGCCACUUCGGUGUGAUCGUUAGCCUGGAUGCUGAGUAUUACCUCCGUUGUCUGACUGCCAUUGCCGGGAACGCUACGCCCGAUAUAGACAAACUCGCUUACAUCUACGAGAAGAUCCAAUCUCGGUAUCGAGGGAACGAGCAGCCCAUCAAAGAAGCGUUCUACGAGAAGGAUAUCGUGCUUAGUAAGGUAACGGCGCAGUCGGGGCGGCCAACCGGGUUUCGGUGGAUGAACAUGAGCGAAUGCAUUGCCGAAGGCAUCACUAUCUGGACCCAAUAUCCCGCUAGCGCAUAUCUGUUCCGUUGUCUAGCCUCGCCCGGAGGCGACCCAGUCGCGGCCAAAGUGGCUGCAGCUUCCUCCAUCAAGUGUUGGACCAAGUUAGAGGCAAUAUCUCGGCUUCUCCGAGAUCUCAGCGCUGCCUUGAAAGAUGUGAGCUCCAUCAAGGCUGCUCAGCUGUUGAGACCACUUCACGACAAGCAGGUGUUCCCGAUCAAGCUCCGCCGUUUCGGUGAAACCACAUACGACGGUUUCGAUCACCUCUCACAACCGAGCUAUACUACCUGGUACAUUGCAGACCAAUCCGACCUCUGCGACAGCAUACUUGGGACUCUUCCUCUCCUAGCUCUGACGGUGGAAGAUGUGGUUGCGAUUCGGGACCUCAUUACGACACUAAGGCUUGAGGACAAACUCUUAUCGAAAUAUGCAAGGAGCCAGUCGCAGUUGGUGGGACGAGUCGCUCUUUACCGGCCCCUCACAGCUCUAUUUCACGAGAGGUCCUUGUUUAUCAAAGCUUUAAUACCCAGGGAUUGCCCCAACAGACCGACUGUUUUGCGCCAAAUCGAUGAAAUGCAUGUUAACAUCGCGACCAGGAUAAGCAAAACCAUCAUCUUAAACCUGCCCGACAGGCGGGUUGAAGGAAGCCCUGUUAAAGGCCACGCAGCGUUCAUUAGCGGCCCGCCCCCCAGCUUGGUCAUUAGUGAGGAAUGUGCCGCGGCAAAGACACCAUCUUAUGAGGUUGUGCGGCUCCUGGCGGACACAUUUCAGAUCACAGAUCCUAAGCACUCUCCGCUCCUUUAUACCGCCUUAAGUGACAUGAACGCGAGCUUGCAGAGCAAUCAGUCGUCAUUUACCCAGCAAGGAGUCUCCGUUCAAGGACUGGAGCUAGAUAAGUCUACAGACCGCCGUGGGAAUUGGCCCGGCGACCUAUCCCGCAUACUCCCGGCAUCAUUGUCGAGCUUCCGCACAUUGGGGCGAUCCUCUAGGGGCUAUGGUGCAGAUGUGACCAGAUAUGCUCUUCCUGGCUCGACCCGUAUGUAUUGCCAUGACAUUGACCGAGAUCGGCGACUGCCCAUGCUGUGGCGACUUGACGACAAGCGGCUUCAUUUGCCCCUACACCGCUCUCUGACAACCAUCGAUUUGGAUGAGGUGUACAACUUCCGACACUUAGGAGCGCAUAUGUUAUCCAAUCUUUUCGAAAAGCACCUGGGGGAUGCUUACAAUCCCGAGAGGGACUGGACAAGCGACCUGCGCACCAUGUCGGGAUACAAACCCUUCUUUGGUGGCUCCAAACCGGCUUCUGCGGAUUUCACCUUGCGUGACGCGCGGAUCCGCGAUAUGUUUACAAAAUUUCUAGUUAGGUACGGGCGCUCAGGGACUCUCGACUGGGAACAGCAACUUCGAAAGCACCUCCCUGUCUAUCACCUCGACCUAGUCGCGGGCCCGGUAAGCAGGUUUUCAUCUUUUUACAUAACCUCAGACGCCCUGGAGCGGAUGCGGCGCUUUCGGAUCCAAGAUUGUGACAAUGGCAACUGGCCAAAGACCGAUGUCUCGGUACUCGUCAGGGUCAGCGAUGCGCAUUCAAACAACCCGCUAUCCUUUGAGCUUUUCGUGGACCCCUGGCAACUCUUUGCAUCUGAUGAGCUAGCUCUUACUGGAAAUUGGUUUCUCGAAAGGACGAUGCAAGACAGUCGCGAUUCGGGAGCGAGCAAACGACCCAAGAGGAAUACGCUCUCCGUCUCUUUAUUGGCUCGCCAGAGCCGCCAGGGGAGGGGUCGGGGGGCUUACACUUACAAGCCGCUGGAACCCCAGUCCAUGCGCCUCCUGCACCUCAUUCCGGGAGAUGAGGAUCAAGAACUGCGAGGCGUCAUCGUCCAUGUUUCAACCAACUCCAGCCGGCAUGUUGGCCGCUACAGGGCGCUUUCAUACGUAUGGGGCACGGAUGGACCAACGGACAAGCUGAUUACCCCGGAUGGCAUUGUUGCUAUUUCACCUUCACUAGGCAGAGCGCUGCGGUGCCUCCGGCAAAGGACGCAGCUGCUUGUACUCUGGGUGGACGCCGUCUGCAUCAACCAAAGCAAUAACGCGGAAAAGGCGGAACAAAUCCGUCUCCUUCCAAGAAUAUUCCAGUCUGCGGAGUUUGUUUAUGCAUUCUGGGGGCCCUUUGAGGGGCAUGGUGACGCCGCUACAGAAAUGCUGAUGCAGGUUCUGGCCAAAGCCAAUGUGGAAGAACACUCCCGCAUGAAGUCCGUUUCAGAUUGUACAGUGGAGGAGGCUCCGGCGUCUAACAAUGCCUCCACAGAGAAUGAGGGCGGGUGGCCGAAGGAAUUGGCGAGAAUUCCCGCAUCUUGGAACGACGAGCGCAUCCCCUGUGCGGACGACCCGGUCUGGGACUCGGUCGAGACGCUGUUUUCCUGCUCCUGGUUUAGGCGAGCGUGGAUCGUUCAGGAGACGGUAACAGCAUCGGAAGUGCGAGUCGUAUGCGGCAAAUGGCUGAUUGACUUCGGCGAUUUACACCAAGCCGUUCAGAUUGUUCACAGCGAGACUCAGGCCUCAGCCCAUAUCAGUAGCAGGUUCCAGCGCCUUGGGGCGAGUUUGGAGCCAUUCCUGAUGCUGGCAACACAGCGGGAGUGGGAACUUGAGCAUCACCGCUGGGCUCUUAUUUCACUCCUGGAACACUUCCGCCACCUUGAGUCGACGCUAUGCCGUGAUCGCUUCUUCGCGUUGCUCGGCCUAGCUUCAGAUGCCAACGAACCCGAGUUUGCACCGGACUACGACAGCCCGUUUGAGGCGAUAGUCAUCAGAUUUGCGCGCGUCUUUGUGCGCCAGGGAAGAGUGAUGCAAUUGCUCUACCGCGCCGGUCUGAAUUCGCAUUCACAUCGCUUCCCGUCCUGGACCCCUGACUGGACCAUUAAGCGACCACUUUGCCUCCACGAGUCUGACGAGCGCGCUGUUCCGUUCCUCGCCAGCGGUCCGACGGAACCGCAGGUCGAACUCUCCCCUGACGCGGACGAGCUUAUCGUUGGAGGAUUUGAGGUCGAUGUUAUUCAGCAAGUUUCCGUGUCGUCUAACACGGAAAGGGAGUGGAAACAGUAUCUGGAGGAAGUCGACGCCAUGAUCGAUGCGGCUACCUUGGCCGCUGUGCCCGAACCGCGUGAAGACCUGAAGUGGAAAGUGCCGAUUGCCGGCACGGAGUAUCCAAAUUUUAUCACUCCAGGCGGUCUCGACCUGAAGCCGUCAUACAAGGCGCUAAGAGGGUAUCUCGACACAAACAAUCAAUCUCAACUCGACAGCGAAACUCGGUCCAAUCCCUCCCUCGCUCAAUAUGCUGCCGACCUCAAAUCCCUGUGCGCUGUCACGCUCCAGCAACAGAGCGCGAGCUACGCAUCGGUGCUGCGUGAUGUGGUUCCUGGGUGGAGGUUUGUUGUCACGGAGAGGGGCUACGUUGGCGUUGCGCCUGGCCUCACUAAAGUAGGGGACACCAUUGCCAUCCUAAAGGGCGGGAGAGUCCCUUUCGUCAUAUGCAACAGCGGGGAUAGGACGGGUAGCUUCCGUCUCGUUGGGGAGUGCUAUAUCCACGGUCUGAUGCACGGAGAGGGUCUGUCACUAGAAGUGGUCGAGAGGGAUUUCCGUCUUCAUUAA